AUGUCGACAUCCAAGGUUAAGGCCGCCCAGCUGUGGGGAAAGAACAAGGAGGACCUGACGAAGCAGCUCGGCGAGCUCAAGACUGAGCUCGGCCAGCUUCGCAUCCAGAAGAUCACCUCUUCCGGCUCCAAGCUCAACAAGAUUGGCGACAUCCGCAAGUCCAUCGCUCGCGUCCUGACCGUCAUCAACGCCAAGCAACGCCACCAGCUCCGCCUUUUCUACAAGAACAAGAAGUACGCGCCCCUCGACCUCCGCGCGAAGCAGACCCGUGCCAUCCGCCGCAGGCUGUCCAAGGCCGACGCGGAGAGGGUCACCGAGAAGCAGCGCAAGAAGACGCAGCACUUCCCUCAGCGCAAGUACGCCGUCAAGUCUGCUUGA